CGGGGCCUGAACAGUGGCUGCGGCGCGCGGGCGAGGCACCCGGAAGUCGGUGGCUGCGGAGGCGACUGUGUGACCCCGUGUGAACAAAGCAGCUCUCAGGGGCCCAUGUGCAUCAUCUUCUUUAAGUUCGACCCUCGCCCAGUUUCCAAAAAUGCAUACAGGCUUAUCCUGGCAGCCAACAGAGAUGAAUUUUACCACAGACCAUCCAAGUUAGCAGACUUCUGGGGGAACAACAAUGAGGUCCUCAGUGGGCUUGACAUGGAGGAAGGCAAGGAAGGAGGCACAUGGCUGGGCAUUAGCACACGGGGGAAGCUGGCCGCACUCACCAACUACCUACAACCACGGCAGGACCGGGAUGCACGGGGCCGAGGUGAACUUGUGACCCACUUUCUGACUACAGACAUGGACAGCUUGUCCUACUUGAAGAAGGUCUCUGCAGAGGGCCACCUGUACAACGGCUUUAACCUCAUAGCAGCUGACCUGAGCACAGAGAAGGGAGAUGUUGUUUGCUACUAUGGAAACCGAGGAGAGCCUGAGCCUGUCGUCCUGGCACCAGGGACCUAUGGACUAAGCAAUGCACUGCUGGAGACACCGUGGAGAAAGCUGUGCUUUGGAAAGCAGCUCUUCCUGGAGGCCGUGGGGCAGAGCCAGGAGCUCCCCAAGGAUGCCCUCAUCACCCAGCUCCUGCACGUGCUCAGCAAUGAUGAGGCGCAGCUUCCAGACCCAGCUAUCGAGGACCAGGGCAGGGAGUAUGUUCAGCCCUUUCUGAGCAAGUAUGCAGCUGUGUGUGUGCGCUGCCCAGGCUAUGGCACCAGAACCAACACGGUCAUCCUCGUGGACGCAGAUGGGCAUGUGACCUUCACAGAGCGUAGCAUGUUGGACAAGGACCCCUCCUGCUGGGAGACCAGCACCCACGAGUUCAAGCUGCAGAGCUAACCCUUCCACCUGGAUGUGGCCACUGGGCUCCAGGAAGGCCCUGCCUCAAGGGCUACUAUGGAUAGGAACCUUCCAUGGCCACAUGUACUGCCUGUGACUUGGCCAACAUCCUCCUGGACCAGGGUCCUCUGGUGUUUGUGUGACCUGUCUGUGUCCUCAUGUCCAGCUCAGGGUCCACCCUCAUGCCAGUAGGAGUGACAGAGUCCCAUGGCCAGGUCUGAGGUGGGCCCAGGUGUGCUAUGCAUGUGUGAAGACACCUGGGCCUCCCCCUUGCCCAAGCACAGAGGCACACUCAAGGCACAUGCUUUUGUGCAUCAUACCUGCAGGUGCAUGGGUACACAUACACAUGCACAUGCACGUGUGAGCAACAGAGAGGCAUACACACACACUCCCAGUCAUACACACACGUGUGUGCCAGAUAAGCAGAGGUGUGCCUGUCACAUCCACAUGUGCUUCUGGUCAGGGGGCCUUUGCUUUGACCAAAACAACAGGAGAAGACUGUUGUUUAAGAGCGGCUCCUCCUUUCCUGGGCAUAGCCCACUUCUGGACAACCAGACUUGCUCUUAGAGAAGGGAGGCCCCAUGUGGAAUGAGAAAUGAGAACAACUCCAGAAAAACCUGCUUUCAUAACAGAAGCACAAGUGUGGUUGGUUGUCCUUUGUGCCCUGGGGGAUCUCCCACGUGCAUGGGGUGGUCCUGCAUGCACCAGGGGUCCUGUGUAUGCUGCGGCACCUUGCCAGGCUCUCAGGCACCUACUUGCCUGCCCAUUGGUGGUCAUAGGUCCUGAGCAGGCCUAUUUCAGCAAUGGGACACAGCCAACCCUUAUUAUUUACCUUCUCCUUGGGGAGUCAGACAUCAUAGGAAUCUGUCCUUGAAUGUGAGACCUUGAUAAUAAAACUCUGAGGUGUGGUGAG